UUCAUUAACAUCGUCACUGGUAACCAGCGUAAAUCUUGUCGAGAAGUUUGUGUUUGUUGUUAGUGUUGGAUAUAUAGCUAUUAAGAACAAAAUGGCUCAAACAGUAAUAUCCGCGAAUUACCCACCUCAUAUCGAUCCAACAAGGACGCCUUUGGCCUAUGGAGAUCGGGCUCUUCCACGUUUGAACAGGGAAUUGAAAGAUUCAACACUAUUAGUUCGUCAAAGAGCUGUUAUGUCAUUAUGUGACCAUCUGCAUGAUCCUGAACACAUAGCAGAGGCAUUAAGAGUGGGAAUAGCAGAGAGUCUGAAGUCUUUACUCACUGAUGGAGAUCUGACUGUUAGACAAAAAGCUACAGAGUGCUUGUUUGUCAUUGGAGGUCAUGCAAUUGGGAGAGAUGCCUUUUUAGACAAUGGCAUCAUUCCACCAGUGGCAAAAUUGUUUGAUGACAAAGAAGACAUUGCUAGGAAGAAUUCCCACCAAGCAAUAGAAAUGAUUUCUGAAACACCCCCUGGAGCUGAGGGCAUUGUGAAUGCAAAUUUAGUCCCUAUUCUUGUUCAAAAAUUAUCAACAGAAAAAGAUGAAAUCAAGAUACUGAUCUUGGACACCCUUCACUAUUGCAUGAGAGUGAACACUCAGCAGGCAUUGGCAGCUGGAGCUAUGGAGACCUUUACUAAGCUCCUGGACCAUGCCUCUGAUGUGAUCCGAGCGAAAGCUGCCAGGGACAUUAUGGAUCUCAGUGUCCCAUUAGAUGGUAAGAACAAAGCUGUGGAUGUGAAGUCUGUACCACCUUUGGUCCGACUUCUCAAGGACAAGGAGCCCGAUGUGCGCGCCAAUGCAGCAGGUGCCCUUAUGAUGAUAACAAUAACCACAAAAGGCAAAUACACAGCAAUAAAUGAAGGCAAAGCCAUUCAGCCUCUAGUAGACUUAGUGGAUGAUCCCGUCAGUGAAGUCAGACUUAAUGCCAUCAAGGCUCUUACCUGUCUGUCUGAGGCACCUGAGGGAAGAACAGUGUUACUGAAGCAUGUUGAAAAGAUUCGAGCUCAUGAAACGGAUUCCAUCCCAGCUGUUGUAAAAGCUGCUGCCAUAGCAGUUAAAGUGAUAACCUGGAAGCCUUGAACUCUGACUGUAUGAACCAAGUGUGAAUGUGUCUGAGGAAGUGGAGUAAAUGUUCAUCCAAAAACUGUGAUAUGUAAAUAGACAUCUCAUCUUAUGUGUGUAAUCAUGAAUGAAUACAGCUCUUAAAUUUAUCUAUCAAUCCUUAAUGAUGAAGUAAAGAAAUGAAAUAUUGGAAACUGCUUUCAGAAAGAAAUUGUGUAUUUUUACCUAUUGGUUCAUUAUUUUCAUUUCUUUAUACUGAUUUUAAUACCUUAUUGUAUAGUAUGUGCAUGUACCUCUGAACCAUGUGAUGUUUAUAAAUACACAAUUAUUUAUAUAUGA